UCUUUCUUAAAAUUACCUCGAAAUGAAAUCCCAAAAAGCCGCAGGAGGAGUGUCCAAGUGAUGGAGUCUAACACAUGAAAAUAGCAUUAAAAAUAAUGAAGAGUGGAAAGAUAAUUUCUUUUGUUUUAGAAAAUAACAAGCUAUUUAAUGAUGACAGCCCUGAUGGAAGCUACUUCACUGCUAAGUCAAACAACUGCCAUGUCUCUUCAAGUACAGACCUUAUGAACAGAGCCAAAGGAAUAAAAUCUUUCCUUUCACUAAUGGACAAAUGAAGAUCCACUCAAAAGAACAGAAGGAAUGGAAUUCAAAUAACUAUCCCUAAGGAAGAAAAACUUAUGGCUCUCCUCAAGAAAGGUAAAUCGAGUAAGAAAAAGAGAGAUAUUACCAAACCAAUCAAAUUUAGCGUCCUUGACUCUCAGACUCCACUGGAACAAACAAAUACAAAAGAUAGCAUUUCCAAGCCAAGAUUAACUUAUGAGCAAAUGAAUAUAAUUCAAGCAGCUACUAAGAACAACUUCACUUACCUCAGGAGAGUUCGGGAUAAAAGAGAUAGAAGAGACUUUAAUGUUCAUGAUAAAUAAAGGCAAUUGAGCACUCUACUAUGCUAUCAAGGAAGACUGAUAUGAAGCUGCAGAAUAUCUUAUCAACAAGAUUGGAGUAAAUGUUAACUCUAUAAAUGAAAAUGGAAACACUUGUCUCCAUCAAGCGAUGAUGAGAGACAACAUUGACAUGAUAAUGCUUCUCCUCAGGAACGGGGCAAACCCUGAGAUUUUUAAUAAAUUCAAUGAGACUCCAAUAUUCUAUGCUUCUAACAGAAUCUUGUCCAGAUUCAGACUCAGAAAUAAGAAAGCGUGCUUAUUGAAGAAUUUUGAGGAAUUCCAGAGCAAAGAGAAAUUCAUGGAAAAUAGAAGAAUCCGCAUUAAUCUCCACCCAAAAAGAAAUGAUAAGCAGAAAUAGACUCCAUCUUCAGCAAAUGGAGAGGCAAAGAAGCGAGGAGUUAAGAGAUUUUCAUAAUUACCAAGAUAAAAAGAGUUCAUGAGAGAAGCUUAAAGACGUUCAAAGUUCCUUCCAGAUCAGUGCAGCUGAUAUUCGAGGAAUUAACUUAAAAUUUACACCCAAAAACAACAAAAGACAGAGUUGAAAGAAAAACAGAAGAACAAAAGGCAAGAAAAAGCUCGGGAAAAACUCAUUCUCAAAACUUUCAGCUUCAAAAUCAGCGAGAAGAGUUCGAGAAUGAAUGAUAAAAUCUAACAAUGGAGGAGCCCAAUCAGCUUUACAAAAUAAGAGGUAUCUAAACAAAGACAGUUCGCCUCUUUACCCUCAUAAUAUCUAUUUUGAUUUAUAA